AAUUUUUGUUGCUGGUGAGAUUCUUUUUUCCUCCUUCCCCAGCGGACGUCUCCGUCUCUUCUUCUGCUUCUAACAAUUUUCAUUCAACAGGACUUGUAAAUUCUAAGCUUGCUUAGCAGAUUAAUGGCGUAGCAAAAUCUUUAUCCAACUCUGGCUGUUGAUGUUUUCUUGUUUCUCAUCCUACAAAAAGACCGCCGGAUCUUGUUUCCCCGAACUUCUCCUACGCAUCUUCUUCCGAUUCCGUAGAGUUUGUGUCGUUUUUUAAUUCCACUUGUUGUAAUUUCUUGAAAAAUUCGUGUUGUUUAUACUAAUUCUGAAUCUUUAGAGGGCCCAAAAAUUCGUCGAGAAAUCUGUCUUGGAAGUGUAGCAUUUUGGAUUAAAUCUCGAAUUUAAGGUUUUGUAUUUGGUCAACAACAUCAGAAACAUGCGUGCUCAGAAGUUGGAGUCCUAUAGACUGUAUUGUUGUGAACGUUGUUAAGGUGCAUAGUUGUCAUUGAAGGAUGCACGAUUUUUAUAUUCAGCUCUAAUGAAGAACGAACAGAGCACACAACAGUUGAAGUCUUCUUCUACCCAAGUUUCACUUGAGUCCCAAGGUGAACAAAAAGUUAAUCAAUCAAUAGAAGCUCCUAUACAAGAUUCUGGUUCUGUAUCUGCCUCAAGUAAUGACGGUAGGAAAGUUUCAAGGCAAGAUAUUGAACUUGUCCAAAAUUUGAUAGAAAGAUGUCUUCAGUUGUACAUGAACAGAGAUGAGGUCGUCAAGACACUCUUGACCCGUGCAAGGAUUGACCCUGGUUUUACAACCUUAGUAUGGCAGAAACUUGAAGAAGAAAACGAAGAGUUUUUCAGGGCAUAUUACAUCAGGCUGAAACUGAAGAAGCAAAUAGUUGUAUUCAACUAUUUGCUGGAGCAUCAGUAUCACCUCACGAAGUAUCAUGUACAUCCGAAAGUUCCGCUGGUCCCGAUGCAGAACGGUAUUCAUCCCAUGGCAUCUGUGAACAACAUGCCCAUGGGAUACCCAGUACUACAACAUCCUCAGAUGCAUGCUCAAGGUCAUCCCCAUCUUGAUCCAAUGAGCUGUGCAAUGUCAAGCUGCCAUGUGGUCAAUGGAGUCCCUGCACCUGCAAAUUUCCAACCAAUCAGGAUUAACUCAGGAAAUGAUAUGGUCAUAGAUACAACCAUGGCUGAGCCAACUCCAAUGAUUCCACCAAACAGUGGUAUGUCGGAUAUGCCAGUGAGUCCAGCUUCUGUGGCGUCAAGUGGACACUUUCCAUUUGCUGCUUCAGACAUGUCAGGGAUGGGAAUGGACACAUCAGCUCUUGAUUCUGCUUUCACAUCUGAUGUCGCAACUUCAGUAGGGUUGCAACUUGGAUCAGAUGGAGGAGCUGGAAAUUCUAGAGACCCUCUCAGGCCAUUUGAUCAGAUACCUUGGAACUUUAGUCUCUCUGACCUCACUGCAGAUUUGUCAAAUCUUGGAGAUUUAGGGGCCUUAGGAAACUAUCCCGGUUCACCUUUUCUUCCAUCCGAUUCAGAGAUUUUACUCGAUUCUCCUGAGCAAGAGGACAUCGGUAAACAGUGAUCAAUUUUUAUAAGAAUGAUGAAUUCUUUGUGGAUUCGGUUCCAGGACCUCCAUGUUCACAGUCAGAAGAAGACAAGUCUUAAUCAAGAAUUCAAGAUUAUGAUAUUUGACAAGUCUUUAUUUGCUUGUCUUAGUAUCUUAGCAAGCAAGCAAGGUUUGUGCCGUCUCGCUAUAUUAGAGAAAACCUCCAAACGGAUUUAAAGGUUUUCAUGAUCUCUUUUUUUCCUCUUCUAAGGUUAAUGAGAUAGACUUAGAUUAAUUUCUUAGUGUUCUUUAUUGUACACCUUUAUUUUGAGAUUCUGCAAGCAUGUAGAGACCAAAUCAUUGUAUAAUAUCUAAGUAUCUCCCAAUACUCUAUUUUCUUGUUGGAUAGUUCAUUAGUAUGUAUGGGAGUAUCUCACUUUUUUCCUUCUAA